AUUGUAUGUAACUUAUAUUUUGUCGUAAACCUCAUUUAUUAUGUUGCGGGUUGAUCGUACAUCGUACACCAUGCUUUUGAAUAAAAAGUUUAAAGUUAUUUUUAUUGCACUAUGAAAAUUUUCAUUUUUUUACAGAAAUGGUAAGAGGAUAUAACUUAAAUUUAAUGCAAAUUUGAGACAUAUAUACAAAUGUAUACUUUUAAAUGGCAGCAAAAUAGGAAAAUUCGAGAUUCAAUAAUUGACAAUAACUUAAAAGUUGUCAGAUCACGUAGGACAAUAAUUACUCAAAAAGAAGCAGUGUUAUUUUAUGAAGAACACAAAGAAAAGUUCUUUUACAAUCGUCUUCUGACAUUUAUGUGUAGUGGCCCAUCAGAUAUUUAUAUUUUAACAGAUCACAAUGCUAUUGCUAAGUGGAGACAAUUAAUGGGUCCUACAAAAGUUUAUCAGGCACAAUAUACUGCCCGUGAUACAAUUCGAGGAAUGUAUGGUCUAUCAGAUACAAGAAAUGCAACGCAUGGUUCUGAUUCAGUUGCAUCUGCAGAGAGAGAAAUAAGAAUAUUCUAUAGUGAUUUUAAUUUUAAGAAAUGGUACGAACAUGAUGAAAAAUAUUAUAAUUUAGGCCAAAUUCAUUUUGAUCCAGUAGCUUUUGUACAUACUAUUAACACGAGUUUCCCUAAUAAAGAACAAGUUACAAAGUAAAUAUUGUAAAUAAAGUAUUACUAAAUAUUUAAUAAUACAGAAUUUUACAAAAGUUGUGUAUAUUAUAUACAGUUAUUAAAUAUAAAUAUACAUACAUAUAUAUGUAUAUCUAUGUAGAUGAUGUAUAAUAAUUCAGCACCUGACAAAGAAAUACCUUCAAUAUUUAGGAACAAUAAAAUAAGUUGAUAUAAAUGUA